AUGCUCGUCCGAGAAGUUAACACACCAACGACCAUAAACAACCAGUACCGCCGUUCCGAAUCUAUCUGGCGUGUCUUUAUUGAUAUUAUUUGUCUCUCAAUCUUACUCGCUGCAUCGCUCGUUUCGCAUUAUCUCAUUCAACCGUUUACACGUGGAUUCUUUUGUUCGGAUUCAUCAAUAAGAUAUCCGUACAAAGGUGACACGAUUCCUUUUUAUGCAGCAGCUAUUUUAUCGGUUGUACUUCCGAUUAUUUGGAUGUGGAUAACAGAAUUUGCUAAGCGAUUUUAUUACAAUCGAUAUCCCAAGGAAGUGUUUUUAACACGUUUAGAAUGCUGCGGUGGAAGAAUAACAACUAUCACACCAUUUGUGCGUAAUUUAUAUAUUCUAACUGUUGUUUUUGGUUAUGGCUAUCUUUCUACGUGGAUUUUAACGGAGAUUACCAAGAACUUUGUGGGCGAAUUAAGACCACAUUUUCUUGCAGUAUGUCAGCCAACGAUCGACUGUUCAACUCUAUCGUUAGAUCAGUUUAAUUCCUAUUUACAAUUCGGAAUUAAUUAUACAUGUUUAAACAAUAAUUCUGAUCUUGUCCGUGAUGCUCGUCGAUCAUUCUUCAGUGGACAUACGUCGCCAAUCUUUUUUGGCUUCGGCUGGUUGAUUAUGUAUAUUCAUGUGUCAUGGUCAUGGGGUUAUCUUGGCAUUAUUGGUAAUAUGUUUCAAACAGGUCUCGCUAUACUUGGCUUAUUUAUUGGCUACUAG